CUAACGGAGUGUAGCGAGCGUAAGUCCUGAGCGCGAGCACGUGGGCAGGAGAGAGAGAGAGAGAGAGAGAGAGGGAGAGAGAGAGAGAGAGAGAGAGAAAGAGAGCGAGAGCGCGCCAUACGCGGCAUUACGUUUACGUGGACAGAUGACUGGCGAGAGAGGCUUGGUAAUACGGUUUACUUGCGGCCGUGGAGCAGCACGCAGGCAUUUUGUCGUUGCGAGCACGUGUUCGUCGCGCCGCUUGUGAAUUGCGACUCCGCGUUCCGACAGGUAUUGCGCAAGAUUCAGUCGGCAAGUGUCGCGGAGGAGGAGGCGCCAAUUCGGCAAAUAAAAGCUUUCCGGCAGUGCGACACGAGAGAAGUAAGUUGCAACUUUUUUUAUGGGAGACGCAGUACGGAGAUAAAAGAAGAUGCCGAAAAAGGUGGUGCCGACGGAGCGGGCGAAGGCGAUCCUUCGUGGUGAGAACAAUUCCAGGCCACAGAGCUUCACCGCGAUCGAGCAAGACGACUCGGACUCGGACUCGGGUGUGAAGCUCAAGAAGGAGAUUGGCCUGGUCGACGGUGUGGCCAUAAUCGUCGGCAUAAUCGUCGGAUCGGGGAUCUUCGUGUCGCCCAAAGGUGUAUUAACGAACAUUGGCAGUGUCGGACAAUCGUUGAUCGUUUGGAUCUUCUCCGGGUUCCUGUCGCUCAUCGGUGCGCUAUGUUACGCCGAGCUGGGUACGAUGAUCCCGAAGUCAGGCGGCGAUUACGCGUACAUCAGCGACGCGUUCGGGCCGUUGCCUGCGUUCCUGUACCUGUGGGUGGCGCUGUUCAUCCUGGUGCCGACGGGAAACGCCAUAACAGCACUGACUUUCGCUCAGUACAUAUUGCAGCCUGUGUGGCCCGGUUGCGAGCCGCCCUACGAAGCCGUGCGCCUGCUCGCCGCUGCCGUCACGUGCUUCCUGACCGCCAUCAACUGCUACAACGUCAAAUGGGCAACGAGGCUACAAGACAUAUUCACGGGCACCAAGAUAUUCGCUCUGAUAAUAAUCAUGAUUGCCGGUGCCUGGUGGCUGGGUUUGGGACACACUGAAAACCUUCGGAACCCAAUGGCCAACACCAACUAUCAACCCGGCUACAUUGCUCUGGCUAUCUAUUCCGGGCUCUUCUCUUACUCCGGAUGGAAUUACUUGAACUUCGUCACGGAGGAGCUCAAAGAACCCUACAAGAAUCUUCCACGAGCGAUUUGUAUCUCAAUGCCACUCAUCACGAUGAUUUACGUGCUUGCCAACGUUGCCUAUUUCGUCGUAUUGACGCGCGACGAAAUACUUGCAUCCAAUGCCGUUGCCGUCACGUUCGGCGACAAACUGCUUGGAGGUAUGUCGUGGAUAAUGCCAUUCUUUGUGGCAUGUUCGACGUUCGGCGCAUUGAAUGGUGCAAUAUUUGCGAGUUCGAGAUUAUUCUUCGUCGGGGCGCGUAACGGCCACUUGCCCACGGCGAUAUCGCUGAUAAACGUGAGGAAUCUAACGCCGAUGCCAUCGCUCAUAUUCCUUUGCAUCAUUACGCUGGCAUUGUUGAUCAUCAAAGACGUCUACGUGCUGAUCAAUUACGUGAGCUUCGUCGAAGCAGUCUUUACCACGAUGUCGGUCACUGGACUUUUGUGGCUCAGAUACAAAAGGCCGGAUUUACAUAGGCCCAUCAAAGUACCACUAGCACUGCCCGUCAUCUUCUUUAUAAUCUGUGCCUUCCUAGUUAUACUUCCUUGCUGCGAUUCGCCUUGGGAAGUCGGCGUUGGUGUCAUUUUCAUCCUGUCCGGCAUUCCCGUUUACGGCAUAUUUAUACACUGGCCCAACAAGCCCAAAUGGCUCGUCACUGCUUCCCACAAAUUCAAUAUUAUAUGUGCCAAGUUAUUUAUGUGCGUACAAGAGGAUAAAACUUCAUAAAAUAUGCAUAUAUGUUCAUGGUUGACUAGUAUAAUGAUUGUUUGCGAAUUGCCAGGUAAAGAUGAAAAUCUGUACCUCUCGCCUGUGCAUAAUUGAGGCAAUAAUGAUAGGCUCACAAAGUGCCCACUUUACAUACAUAAUACAUACAUAUAUUUUAAAUACUUGUAAUUUUGAUAAAGAGGUCAGGUUAAGACAACCUCGAUUGACGCGCAACAUUUUUGUAUGCCAUAGCCCAGUUUGGGAUACACAGAUUAUCAAAGAUUAUCAGUGCUAUUUCGUGAUCAUUGAACGAUUCUUAUCAUAUUCAAUGUUGACUGCCUAUUUAAACAAUAAGAGAUUAUUCAUAACAUUUAAUCGUCGUUUUUAACCCCCGAAUAUACAUAGUUCAUUUCAACAGUAUUCACUUUUUAUCACGUCUACCAUUAGAGUUUUCAAAUGAUAUUAAACAAUUAUUACGGCGGUAAUAUUUCUUUUUCAAAUAUAUUAGUUUUUAAUUAACGGUCGCGACAAUCGAAAAUGAAUGGUAACUCAAUAAUAGUGUUUGAAUUUGGCAUACCUUUUGAUCGUCUUUUAACAAAUUUACUGCCAAUGAUUAAAAAAAGUUAAUUUAAAUCGUCAUCAGUUUUUAAAAAUUCGUUAAGAUUUCGUUAAAAUUCAUUAUUGCUAUCAAUACAUGUAUUCUAAAAAUAAUUGAUCUUGGAUACUUUUGAAAUUUACGGAUAUGUUAAUCAUGCGACUUUUAUAGACUAUUAUUUUUGCAACAAUUUUUAAUAUGCGAAUUAAUUUACAUACAUAAUACAUUUCGAUCUACUAGUUGCUUAAGAUAUUAGAAAUAUGUAAAAUUUUGUCCACUUCAUUUUUAGAAUUUUAAUAGAAACUCAUUAAAUUAUGAGCAUUUUAGAAAGAUUUAGUGUUUUAUAGGAUCCGCUGCUCAUUUAUCGACUCUUUAUAGUAUCAAAUACGAAUACUUUGCAUUUUCAAUGAAAUCGCUAUGCUUAAUUCAAUUUUAGUUCGUUUAUAAACAAUAGUUUACACACGAUAUGUAAAUCUACUUAUAAUCAACAUAUAUGUAAAUAUUUUAAUUUAAAAAACAUUGUUAGCGAUUGAAUUGAGUUGCAAAAUCAUUCUUUGAAAAAGAUAACUAACAGUUAGUUAAUUUUUUCUUUAACUGUAUACUAAAAGAACUAUUGUUAUUAGAACUAUUGUUAGUAGAACUAAAGUUGUUAUUACUUAAUUUUAGAAUACAAAAAAUUAUGCUUAACAUAUAUCAAAUAGUUGGAUAGAAGUGAAUUAUUGAAAUGAAAAUUAGUUUACACAAAAUAUUCCCUGUAGAAAUCGUAUGGAUUAAAGGCGAAACGACAGAUAUUUUUAUAGUUACAGAAUGUAUUAAUGUCAUUUAAUAUUACGCAAGAAAUGUCCUUUAUAAGGAUUAUAUCAAGUUCAUUAUAAUAUUUAUUGCUUAUAAUUAAUUUUACGAUAAUUAUUCUUACAUUCUUCCAACUUUUUGACAAAUAUGAAAAUCUAUAUUUUGCGACAUAUGCAGUAAAUGAUUCCUUUAUUGAAAAAAAUAUAAUUUUAGCAUAAAAUUUCCAAUGAAAAUUAUAAGACUAUUUUUUUGCAUUAGAUGACCACAUUUGGUAUUUGUAAAUGCACAAAAUAUUUUGUAAAUAAACAAUCAACUUAUA